UCCGAUAAAUCAGGAACCCGACUUCCUGUGUACACAAUGCAACAGAACGACUUUAAAUAGACCAACUUUUAUUUAUUGACAGGUUUUUAAGUAGAAUUAGGUCAACAAUCUCGUUGGGCGAAUCAAUUCAUAAUGAUUUAAGCUCAAAUUCUAUUCUUUUCGCUUUGGAUACGCAGUGACUUUCAAUUUCAUACAGCAAAGUAACACGAUUUUUUUGUCGGCGGCCAGCUGCCACGAUUUGAGGAAUCCACCACACAAUGGGCGACUUCACAUACGACGAGGAUGGGAACCCCGUGCCUCGGCUUGACGAGUGUUAUGAAGACCGAUUCUCGGAUUACGUCGACGUCACCAAUCCAUUCGUCAUCAAGGGAGACGGAUUUGACGUCACGCUGUCUCUGUCUCGUGGGAUGCUUAGCUGGACCUCCGUCAGUGCUAAAGUAAAAAAGAGCAAGAUCCCACUUCCUGGAACAGCCAAGCUUACAAAGGGGACGGUGGACCUUCCACUGAAGGACGUGUACGGGGUACAGAUCAAGCGUAAGCGGACCAAGGGUCAGCCGGAGGGGGAGGGGCUGUGUCAGGGCUUCAUUGUCUAUACUUACUACUCGUUCGGACCGAACUGUUGGAAGGACCUGGUGAUAGACUUUGAUCAUCCCAGUGAAUCUCUGUGCAAUAAAUACUAUGACGGAAUCAAGGAGUUCAUCACAGAUUUCCCUGGGCGACCUCACUCGCUGAAGAUUUUCAUGCAGACCCAUGCUGGCAACCAGAAUGGGAGACAACUCUUUAUCAACAAGAUCCUGCCCAUGUUUAAGGGGGCCAGUAUGAGUGUAGAUUUCCUAGAGAUCCAACAUUCCGAGCAUGUAAAACAGGAGAUGAUUCACAUAAACAUUGACGACUACGAUUGCAUUGUUGCUAUGGGGGGAGAUGGGACUGCUUCCAAAGUGGUGUCUGGACUUCUCACGGCAACACAGAAUCGGAACGACGUAGAAGUACGACAGGGAUUCACCCCGGCUAAACCACAAAUGCCUGUUGGAAUCAUUCCCACAGGUUCCACCAAUCAUAUUGCUCGUUCUGUCAUGGGUUUGGCUGAUCCCAUCACUGCUGUUCUUUAUAUUUUAUUGGGUUACAAUGUGCCAGUAGAUGUGUGUUCAGUGUUCAGUGAGGAUAAGCUCCUUCAGUGGAACUUUGCUUGCCAGUAUGGAUUUGGUGCUAAUGCUCUGCAGUACGCCAACAAAUACCGCCGCAGUCUGCUGCCAAAGAGUGUAGACGCCGCGAUCUAUAAAGCCUCCACCAAGAAAAAACUCCAUCCCUAUGAUUGUGACGUAGAGUACAUCCCAGCAGAAAGGAAACGCAGAGAGGACUCUGACCGAGUCUGCCUACAGGGCUGCAGUGUUUGCUGGAACGAGGAAGUGAAAGAAGACGAAGAAGAGGAAUGUCUGGUUCAGCCGUUCAACCCGCUAAAUAACUCAAAUAACAGUGAUACGUUUGUGGAUCUAUCCAAGGAUGAGAGCCCCUGGAAGGUGUGUAAGGGUUCGUUUCUACAGGUGGGUCUGUUCUGCAUACCUGCCAGGUGUGAGUUUGCUCCCCAGGGACUCAGCAAGUUCUCCCACCUGAACGAUGGCUGUAUGGAACUGGUCCUCGUCAAAGACAUCAACAGAAAGGACUUCAUCCGCUUCCUCAAGCGCAAUGGAAACUCCAAAAACCAGUUUGAUUUUCCCUUUGUGGAAGUAAUUCGCGUCAAAGAAGUGAAAUUUCGACCACGCAUUCCAAUGGGAUGGAAACACACGGACAGAAAAUUCCACGAAAUUCAGUAUAGGAUGUCAAAAUUGGAAAAACAAGCCUCUAGGGGAAGUCAGGUUCUGGAAUUAGACGAUGAAGACGAGGAUGAUAGAGAUAAUGAUAGCAUGGUGAAAAGUCCAUUGGACGAAAUGAGUGAUUUUGAUUCCGAAGAUGAAGAUGAUGACAAUUCAAAAGACUCCAAAGCUGGAGACAGCAGAAAGAGUUCUGCAGACAGCAACAGGAGUUCCCAGAAACAGUACAUAAACAACAACAAUGUCAUCGUUAACUCCGCCCACCAGGACCGCGUUCUGAUUGGUCCUCAGUAUCGCAUGACCUUCGCUGAACAAGACCGUAUGAAGCGUAAAAACAAACAGAUCAAGAAAGAAGAGAAAGCAAAGGCGCGAGAGGAAAGACUCCUCAGAACGAAGUGGAACCUGGAUAAUGACCUCAUUAAUAAACAUGAGCUGGAUUUUAGAGUUCAUCACGGCUUACUCUCAAUAUGUGGGCGGGGUAUCGCACCAGACUCUAUAUUCCAGGAUUAUGGCUGCCUGCCAAUCACAAGAUAGCUACCAUAGCAACUCCAAUCAGAUGUCACCUAGGUCUGUCAGUCUUCUGAAUGUUUGAGAGCAUUGCAUUUACAGCAUUGUUAGUCAUCUUAUAGUUAUUCAUGGAUUUCAAAGGAAAUUAGAACAUUUCAUGCCAUCUAGUUAGUAGUGUUUCAUUAAAUUGCUCAAAAGAAAAGAUGUCAACAAAUUUGACUUCAGUCAGUAUUAUUAAGUCAGCUGAAGAAUUUUGGUGAUCAGUUAGUCAACUUCUUUUAACCCAAUUUUGUUUGUAUAACUAAAUGCAGCAUCAUUGCCAGCGUUUUAUGUGUUUGUAACAGAAUUUUGUGUGUUAUAGUCUCUGUAGCACGAGAGCUUUUGGAAGAUUCUUUGUAAUUCUAUAAGGUCAUCCUAGAAAUUAACAUUAACUGCAUUAAUUAUAUCCAUCUUUUAAAUAGUUAGAUUUUUUUAUACAAUCAUGUAGAAUAUAAUUACAAGUUAUUAACAUAGUCACAAUGAGUGUAUGACUGUGUUUAUGCUACAACUAAUGGUAACUGAUUUACUUGCUUUGAAGUUAAUCAGUGCAUCAAUUUAUUUUUUCAUGUUUGCUUUUACUCCUGAUGAAGAGCAGUUAUGGCAAUGAACUUGCAUAAUUUUAGUUUUAUAUAUUGAUUUUAUACAUUAUUUAUCUAAGAUUAGAGAUGUUGCUGGUGUGACUUAUACUGUGUUGAAACCUUAUUUAUUUGUGGAUUAAGUUUAUAUAAUUAAUUGUGAUAUAUUUUAUCUCAUCUGUGGUGCAAUGUGGCUAUGCAAUCGAAUUAUCUGAUAGAUGUAUAGUAACUAUAGGCAUUUAGAAGAGGCUGUUAAAGCACAGUGUGGAAUUACGAUAGCAUGACAUCGUAUCUAUAUGCUGUUGCUAUAUAUGCAGUUAGACCAGGCUAUUUUGGUACAAUAUAUAAUGGCACCAACCUUACCUUGUAUUUGUAGAUACAUCUAUAAUAAAAAGUUAGAACUCGUCUGGCAAUUUCUGUACAUGAUGGGUUGAUAAUAUCUGAUUUAUGUAAAAUUUCAAGUAGAAGUCAGUACAAGCUAAUCGGAACAUGUGAAAAAGCAAUAUUCUGAUACAUAUACAUGUAGAGAUCUAGCUUUUUGUACUACGUACAUGUACAUUUGUAUACAUGUCUUCAUAAUUUUACAAAGCUAUAUCUUGACCCAUCCAUGCAGUAAACAUCAGCUAACGAGGCUGGAAAUUAAUUAAUAACCCAUUAGAUCUGCCCCAAGAUUUUGAUGAUCAUCUUUGCAUGGCCAUUAAAUAAUUUGAAUAUUCUUCCAUAUCUUAAAACGAAGCUCUUCAACCUGGGGAGAUUUAUAUAGUUUAAAAAUGGCCACGUAACCAUGCAUCCAGGCCUCGUAUGGGGCCGAUGUUUGAUGGGGGGGUACUAGUAUACCUUCUAUAGUAAUUAAUGGAAGAUGUUACUAGUAAACAUUUUGAGAUUUUGUACAGUAACUAUAGGUUUAAUUCUUAAAAUUUCAUGUUUUAAGGUACAAUAGUUUUUAGAUCAAAAGACUUUCUAGUCUGAAAUAUCUGACAUUUUCCUGGCUUUUUUUCUUUAAUGAUUUUGAUAUUUUACUUGCCUGGAAAACAGUCAAGCAAAAUAUCAAAAUCGUUAAAAAAAGCCAAUAUUGUUAAAAAAAAAAAAAAAGCCUGGAAAACAUCAGAUAUUUCGGACUAAAAACUGUGUUAGAAUUGAGUCUAGAUUUUUCAUGAAGCAACAGAGUACUUUAUACUAGAAUGAAAGCAUUGAAAAUUGACUUUUACAGUUAAAUCACUGUUUUUUGUGAUUUUUAUUUUAUUUGAAUGUGAUGGUAAUUGUAGAGAGAAAUGUGCUCCCAGUUCAUUCAUUUAGAAUGGGUUACAUGAGUAAAUUAUUAUUGUUGAUAACAUUACAUCUAUAUUGUUCAGAUCUGAGAUGAUUUUAAUCUGUGUUUUGUCUACAAUGAUUUCCUAUAGUGCUGACUGAUGUAUGUAGUUAUAGUUUAAGGAGGCUAGAUGGCCAACACAUUAACCAAUACAUACUGUGGAAUCAUUUAAAUUCAUGGGGGCCAAUUUUCGUGGAUUAUGACUUUUUUGCUCAUUCGUGGGGAUGUUAUUUCGUGGAUGCGUAGCCUACUGUUUCAAUAACAAAGAUAACUCUUUCUAAAAGUGUUUUCGUUGAGGAUAUCAAUUCGUGAGAGAGGGCUAUACCCAUGAAUCCCAUGAAAACUGAGCCACCACGAAUUUUAAUGAUUCCACAGUAUACCUGAAAUUUUUUGGUUUUGGUUUAAUGUCAAGGAGAUUUGUUUGCAAUCCUUUAAGUUCGAUAUCCCCUUCAAACAGGUUUUCACCAGCAAUGUAUUCUUGAGGUACAUGUAUGUACAUUUAGAUACAAUUGUUAUACUCAGUCUGGAAUGUUAACCAUACAAGCAGAGCAAAUGUAAUUCAUUAAGGCACAAAAAAAGGCACUUGAUUUAUUGAAUACACAUACAUGUAACUAUAGGAAAAAACUAUAAUAUUGUGAUAUUAACCAAUCAAUUAUUGUUAGUCUCAUAUGUACUUUUUUGAUUGUUCCAAUACAUUUAAGAUUUUCAAAAACUUUUUUUUUUGAGUGCAGUUUUGUAUUAGCUUGAUACCUUUGUUAGAUGAAGAAAGUAUUUAUGGAUUCAUACAAUGAACACUUUAUGAAUGAUUGCAAUUGUGUAUUAAGUCAAGUUGGUGUAAAUGUAGAUGAACAUGUGUUUGACCUUUUGACCCCUGUUGAUAUUGUUGUCUGCCAAUGAUCCAACCCCGUCCAUUUAUUUCAGAAUGAGUCUUUGUUGACACCUAUGAGUUUAUGUUGUCAAUCUUUCAAUGAAGAAACAUUGUUAAUUGAUUUAAAGAGUCUAUUCCGUCCACAUGUACCAAAGACUGACCAUGCGCAUGUCCAGAACCUCCCCCAAAACCCUCUUGAAAAUUCAAAAUAAUAAAAUUUACCUAGUAAAGUUACAAAAAAAAAUUUAACCGCCUCUUUUUCUUGAAAAUAAAAUUACUCCUAGGACCUCCUCCCUCCUUCCGUCCCUGGAUAAAAAAGUGAGGAUCUGCGCAUGCUCGCAGUGUUUGUUUGAUUCCUGCUGCUGUAUGCCUCGGUUUGUAUUUAUUUAUUAUGUUUUAUUGGUGUACAUUUGCUAUUUUUAUGCAAUCCGUCCAUUAUUUUGAUCGUUGAACAGCUUUUACACGUUUUUCCCUCUGAAACACGAUUUGUUUUGUACGCAUAUAUCAUCUUUGUACAUUAUACGUUUUUUUUUCAUCAUUACGAGUUGUAAUUAUUUAUUUAUAAUCAGCACCUGUCACGUGAUAUCGUCUGUAAUAUUCUGACGCCAUGCACAGCAGGUUGCAUAUCACGUGAUUUACAAAGUAUUAGUCACAUGGCAUAUGAUUUUUCAAAAGAAAUGUUUCAUUUGUACCAUUUUAAUCUCGUCUCUUUGAAUUAAAUGUUUUAAAGAUAUUUAUUUUUCACGUGUAUUUAUACCGACUAAAAUAGUGAACGAUUUGAAAGAUUUGUUCACAAGAAUAUAAGCAGUGUCGUGUGUUGUUUGAUGUCCAAUAAAAAGACAUGGCGUGGU